AUGGGCAACUGCUUAGAUAUUACUACGGGAAUAUCUCAAGCUUUGUUUGGAAGAUCAUUACGAACACGACUCGAUCUAUUGAAACCUCCUGCAACCAAGAUUAAAGUGAAACAGCAGCAAGAGAAACAAAUAAAAACAUAUGGUGGAAGGUUGGCCCCAAAGGAAGGAUCAUCGUUUAGCGACGAGGAGCCUCCAGGAAAUGUAGCGGAGCCGCUGAAAAAUAAAUCAGACAGCGAUCCUCAAAUAUCCACUGAUUUGCCUAUGCUGUUGGAGAAGUGUCCUAUUACGACGGCUGCUCCGUGUGAAGAAACUGAAAUGGGCCUACGAAGAACUAUAAAGCCUGUAAAAAAGACUUAUAGAAGAAAUUUAAGUUUGUUGUUUACUUGA